AGGCAUUUCUCUUCAGUCGGCCUCUGAGAAUGAACAACACUGGAUGUACAAACAUCAUUUUCUCUCACUGAAAUCAUCGCAGAGUGAGACCACCUCCUGAUAACGAGUGCAGCCAUGGAGUGCCUGAAAAACUGCUGCAAGAACUUUCUGAAGAGGAAGGGGAGGGAGUAUGACACCCAAGUGAUCAAACUGAAGAUGCCUCCUACCAAGGCGCUGACCUCAGGACAGGAGCCAGAGGAGGUGAGGAGGGGGGUCACAGAAGAUUACCUCCUGUCCAAGCUGCCUCCUUAUGGCAGGGAGGUGCCGUUUGUCCUGCCGACCUUCAAGGCCUCAUUCAUCCAGCCCAGAGGCUCCCCCCGCCUCCCCACUUUACAGUCCGGGCUGCACAACUCAGCUCGGUGCACGUACGCAGAGAGGAAGGCAGAGCUGUUGGGCUCCAGUCACUUCGCCUACAACCCAGAGUCCAGCUUCCACCAGGGUCAGGUGGCCGAGUACAUAUCCCCCGGCUCGACCCGCCGCGACAUGCUGAAGAACGAGAGCUCCAGUCCUCCAAGCACAGGUUUGAGUCUGAAGCCAGGCGUCCAGCAGCGUCUGAGCAGCUCCAUGUUUGAUCUGUCCAGUCCUCAGAGUCACAUACAGCUCUUUGACUCCGUCCCCAGUGUCGUCACCAGCUCGUCUUCAGUGAUGGGCUCUGUUGAAAGCAGCCUGGACUCCAUCACCCUGUCUGGAGAUGAGCGGGAGUUGGGGAAGGUAUGCGUGCGACUGAACUACCAGGAGGCUUUGGAGCAGGUGUGGAUCACCCUGGUGCAGUGUUCAGACCUCAACCUUCAGUCGGACGGAGCAGAACAACCGAAGGUUGGAUUUAAAGGGAUCAUCACCAUCCCCAAACCCAUUCAGUUCAAGAGCUCAGUGAAGGAGUACAGUCAGGACGUGUCCUUCAUGGAGACAUUUGUGUUUGCGCUCCGUCUCCAGCAGUUGCGCUGCAGUGCGUUAGUGCUGCGUUUGCAGGCGCACAACCCCAAGAAACGCACGGUGGCAGAAUGUGUCCUCUCCCUGCGACAGCUCGGUCCUCAGGAGACGGACCACUGGCUCGACCUCAACUCUCCGUCCAAAUCCUCUGUCUGUCACUCUGAGCUGCAUCUCACCACCUGCUUCCAGCCGGUCAACAGUCGCAUCCAGCUCCAGAUCCUCGCUGCCCAGAACCUCCCAGCAUCCUCCUCACCGCUCACACAAGCCUUUUUCGUCAAGGCCGAGAUGCACCACUUGGGCCAGGUGUUGAUGAAGAAGAAGACGCGGGUGAUGAAGGCCUCAGGGGGUCAGUGUAAGUGGGCGGAGACUUUUCACUUCCAACUGGCCAUGUUGGACGACGCCUGCUCGCUGUCGGUCAAACUCUACAGUCGCAGCUCAGUCAGGAGGAAACAGUGUCUCGGACAGGUUCAGCUGGGACUCGACAGCCCAGUACCAGAGGCUGUGGAGCGGUGGAAGGACAUGAUGGCUCACCCAGAGAAAGUGGUGACGGCGUGGCACCGGCUGAGCGCUUCCUGAACCUCUUCCUCUGACUUCCUCUUCACGUAUUGCAGAUGCUGUCGAGUCAGGCCACAUCUGCUUUCUUUCCCGGUCGAGCGGCCUCAGUCGCUGACACACAGUUGACUCACUCAUGGACCAGACUGUAAAAUACUGAACGUGCUCAGACGGCAGUGGGGGAGCAGGUUUCCAUGAAGGUGCUGCAGGUGAUUGUUUGUAAUUACAGGUUUAGAACAAAGUAUUUCAUGAGGAUUUUGUGCAGAAAAUAAAAUUUCUAAAACAACAAUAGAGCCUUAGUUUGACUCACAUGAAUUGAGCUGCAUAGCAUUGAGCUGUAUAUACUGCUGUGUUUUGUAAGUCUUAUAUAUUUUUAGUGAAGGCUGCAUCACUUUUGGCUGGACAGGAGGUUUACAGAGAAAGUGUUAAUGUAUGAAACUCCUCUGACAGGAUAAUUCUGCCAAUUCUGUUUUCUUAUUGUCAACAAACCCAUAAAAAGACCAAAACCAUCUCCAGGCUAGUCUCUCUAGUUUCUUUUUGAUUUCUACUGCAGACGUUCGUCUUUAAAAGUGGGUCAAAUAGCUGGAGAGUCUCGUCUUCAGUUACUUUUUAGUUCAAUGGGAGUAAACAGUGGGUUUUUCUGGACUAAUUCACAUGUGGAUUAAUAUACAUGUUGUCUUUUACAUAGAUUUCUAGCAGCAGGAACACGUGACCCCAGCAGCUAAACGCUGUCGCUCUCUGAUCGACUCACUCUUGGUUUUGGUCUUUUCUUGGGAUUCACUGACAAAUAGAGAAAACAGAAAAUCAGCAGACUCAUUGUUUAGUUCUCUAAGAGGUGAGCUAGAAUUUAACUUUGUAGGACGUCACGUUACUGUACAAUACUGCAGCAGAUUUACAAAU